AUGGCGAGCGACGCGAGCGUGCGGGCGGAGGCGGAGCGGGCGGGGCGGGACGCGCGCGACGUCGCGGCGCGGGAGAUCGAAAAGGUUGAACAGAUGGAGCGAGAGCGCGUGCGAACGACGUUUGAGGAGGUGCAGAUGAAGACGGAAGCGAGUCAGUCGAAGGCGGAGCGCGCGGCGGAGGAGACGCUGGCGUUGAAGCGAGACGCGGUGGAGCGCGCCGAGGCGAAGAUGCGGGCGUUGGACGCCGAACGCGCGGCGUUGCGGGAGGAAUUAGCGAAAGAAGACGCGUCUGGUGGGAACGGUGCGGGCGAUAAGUGGGCGGACGGGACGUCGAUCGAUGAGGCGGCGGAGAAGGCGGAGAGCGCGAAGUCAGCCGCCGUCGGCGGCGCGUCGGGCGCUUUAUUGGCGACGCCUUUGAUUGUGUCGCAGGGCGGCGGCUUGGUGUCCAUCGGCAUCGUCGCCGUGUCGUGCGCGGUGUUCGGGGUCACGUAUCGGUACGCUGUGAGACGAGAUCUGGGGAAUAACGAGCUCAAGGGUGGCGUCGUCGGCGCGUUUGGAUUGGCGCGCGGUUUGAGCGCCGCCGACGUCUAUCUACGCGCCGCGUCUCUGAACGGCGACGCCGAUUUCGCGACGUACGCGCAAGCGGCGCUCUUAGCGGGUCAAGGCGUGCUGACGUACGCCUUCGCCGCGCUCGCGCUCGAGCAAGCGUUCGCGCGAGGGAUUUUAAAGCCAUUCGGCGAGCCGCCGCGAGAGUGA